GUCAAAUUUUAGACAAAAAUUUGAAGAAGGAGCAGUUAAAAGCCCUUUUAUGGCUGGUCGAGUGAUUGCACUCCCUUCAUCCUUUGGCGUGUAGACUUUAUUUGAGAGCAUUCACACCGAGAAGAGCCGAGGUCAAGCAAGGCCGAGACCUAAAUAUGGCGGACCUACAUGAAAGGAGAACCGCGUAAUCUUUUAAUGGUCUCUCAAUGACAUUCAUUGACAUUUAUUGAGAGACCAUUUAGGGAUUAUGACUGGACCUAGGCUCUUCACGAUGUGAAUGCUCUCAUUGAGUAGAAUAAGAUACUAGUAGGAGUGGUUAAUAUGCGUUACUAGGAAUCCAUUAAGGCUCAGCUAAAAAUGUACCUUUAAACUCUAGACUUACAGUUCUUUAUUUAGUCCACUGAAGACAGUGAAUUAUUAACGUCAACAUGAAGUCAAUUAUUGUAUAGUACACAGCUGGACCUAGAAGGAUAUAACUAGACAAUGCUGACAUAACUCAAGUAUAGGCACCAUCAGUGUAGGCCCUAUAGGCACUUAAUGUCUUCUACACGGAGUACAGUGGAAAAAUCAGAAUGACCCCCACCGUGAGGAGUAAAACACAACCAGUCGUACCGGGAAGCCAUGCCCGUCCUGGAUUCGGAAGCCAAACAUUUCGAGCAAUAGCAGUGGUGCAGUUUGUUCUUGGUAGCUUGUGUAUCAUCGUGGGCAUUGUGGAUAAUCUGACCAAGAGUUUUCUUGGAGAAGUUGGUCAUGGCAUUUGGGGAGGCUUAUUGUGCGUCUCCGCAGGAGUAAGUGGCGUUUAUGCGUCAUCUAACAAGUCAACUAGAUCGAUUCUAGUCUGCAUGGUGUUGUCAACAGUGUCUGCCUUCGCAGGCAUAAUUGCUUUUGGGCUGACAGUCGAUGCCGUGGCAAGCGAAGCCAGGAGAAUCAGCUGCGCUCCUGCAGUCCCAACCCAACCACCUACGACUACAACCAUUGUAUGCAGAUAUGAUUAUAAAACGAUGCACGUUGCAGUUGAUUCUGUUUUGCUCCUGUUUGAAUUAUUGUUGAUAAGCGCCUGUGUGUUAACAGCAUAUUUGGCCACGAAAGCCGUGUGGCCGGUGGACCUAGGCCGUUUUGGUCAAACAUUCCCUACAGAGGCAACGAUCAGUGGAAAUGGACCAGCCGUUUCAAAUGGGCCCACCCUUGCAACAGAACCUGCAAAUGAAGAGCGAGAUCCAGAAAUGCAACCUGUGAGCACUAACGGGACAGCUGUCUCCUUUAAGAAGGAGUCUGAAACGAAUUCUGUCAAAACUAAUUCAGAAGAAAAUAAAAACGACACUGGCAAAACGGAGGAUAUUAAUUCCGCAUCGAUAAAAGUCGAUAUCGAAGAAGAAACAUGGCGCAUUUAAAGAACAUGGGGAUAAAUUUUACACAAACUCCGACGACUGAGAUUUAAAAUAGCCCGGGUGUGUUCUUUGAUGGAUGAGUAUUAUAAAAUUGUGAAGACCUCACUGUUUUAAAUUCUCAAGAUGUUGGAGAAUCCACCACUGCCUUGUGAUACAUAUCUCCAAUAUAAAGAUUUGCCACGCAGGUUUUUUCAUGUCUUUUAACGUCGCCCUCUCGUCCAUCAUACACAUCCUGCUGAGAAUAGAAUCCGGAUGAUGACUCAGUUUGACUGAUUCAAUUUUAAUUAAACUGAAAAUUAACAAUAUGGAAAUUUGCCGGUGCUCCUUCUUUUUAAAAAUAACUGUUUCAAUAAUAACUAUAAUUGCUAUUGCGUUAUCAAUCGUUUGUCCCAACUAGCACAAUUGUUGUUUUUAAUUAUUGUAAAGAUGUAGUGUUUUAUAAUGAAAUUUACAGCACUUGAUUUGCACACAAAUCAGGCUUGCCUGAGAAAACUUCACCAUCCUGAUAUGGGACUUCAAAAGGUACAGAACCAAGGAAACAAUUUACAGUUGGGCAUGCCAUGAAGAUAUUAUUUACAUCCUCAGGCACACAUUUUACAUUGCACAUUGUACAAAGCGCCCCGGUGUUACCCUCCUCCAGGGUGGCAGAUAUUUUAGGUAAAUUUUCCAAAAGCCAGAGAACCAAAUGACCGUCUAUGUAUUUAAAGACAUGUGUGACUAUCUUGUGAAAAAUCAAUCU